AUGGCAGAGCCAGAAAGCACAGUCAUAAACACCAAUGUAAAACAGAAAGACCCCAGCACGGCACUGGUCAUUGCUGUGACCACCAGAGCCAUCUUCAACUUGGAGGAGGAGCACAAGCUCUAUCUGGAGAAGGGCAAGGAGGAAUACACAAGGCAUCAGCAGGCCAACCAGGACAAGCCCCUGCCACCAGGCACGGCCUUUGCCUUCAUCCAGGCAGUGCAGUAUGUUAACAAGAAGAUCCUGGAGAGCAACCCAGCAGAGAGGGACCUCUUUGACAUCCUGGUGCUCUCCAACAACAGCCCGGAGUGCGGCGUGCGCAUCAUCAACAGCGCCAAGCACUACGGCCUGGAGAUCUCCAAGUUCUGCUUUGUCAGUGACAAGGACUCCACACAGUACCUGAAGUCCCACGGUGUCAAGCUGUUCCUCUCAGCUGACAGGACAGAUGUCUGCAAUGCCCUCCAAAGAGGGGUCUCAGCAGCGCUCGUCUUCCAGCAAGAGGUGCAGGCCCCCAGCACUCCACUCCGCGUGGUGUUUGACGGGGAUGCCGUGCUCUUCUCUGACGAGACAGACCAGAUCUUCCAGGAGCAGGGCCUGGAGGGGGCAGUGCAGUACGAGCGAGCAAUGGAGGCCAUCCCCAUAGGAGAGGGUCCCCUGAAGGCUUUUGCUAUGCACCUUGGGAAGAUACGUAAGAAGUUUGGCCAGGAAAAGUCCCCCAUCCGCACCUACCUGGUGACAGCCCGCAGCGGCCGGGACAUGGGCAUCCGAGCCAUCAAGACACUGCGGGAAUGGGGUCUGCCCAUCGACGAGGCUUUCUUCAUGGAUGGGGCUCCCAAGGGCCCCAUCCUUGCCCAGAUCCAGCCUCACAUUUUCUUUGAUGAUGGGCUUCAUAAUAUCCAAGGGGCUCAAAAUGUGGGGGUACCCUCUGCCUGGGUCCCCUCCUGCUGCUGA